GUAUUGAACGUGGUGCUCAUCCUUUUUACCGUUCAAGUUGCUCGCAAAUUAGAUCUUGAAAAUUCGGAUUCAAUUAUAUAUGUUCGUACUGGUUAUAUAGUAGUUCAAACUUUUGUUCUUUCAAUCUGUUAUUAUCUUGCAACAAAGAUAAAGAAAGUAAAUGAUAGAACUCCUCUUAAAUAUGUCGAACCUGGAAAAAGUUUUAUUGGUGAACCUCCAAAACCUGUUGAAACGACUAAUUGUGAUUAUGAUCUUGGAAAACUUCAAGAACUUCUUAAACAAACCUUUGUUGGAAUUGCUCUUAUGACGGUUUUACAUUUUUGGUUUGAAUUUACUCAACCUUUAUUCAUUCAAUCCAUUCUACCUCUCAAGAUUUUAUAUGAAAAUCCACUCGUCCAAAUUCAUUUGUUUGGUAAACCGGCUGAAGGGGAUUUAAAAAGGCCAUUCAAGACUGCUGGUCUUUUGGGUAACCUUGUUGAAUCACAACAACCUCAAACUGAUAAAGCAUCAAUUAAAAAAGCAAUAAAAGCCUCUAAAGCUGGAUAA